AUGAGGAAACGAAGAAGGAAUUUUGAUUUUUUUUUCUUAAAUAAAAAAAAGGAGAAGAAAAAAACAAAAAGUGAUUUAAAAGAGACAAAAACAAAAGUAUAUGAAUCAUCAGAGCAGGUGCGUAAGUGA